AUGGCGGCUCUUCAUAGCAACCAGCAUGCUCCAACACAGAGCUUCAUAGCAAGGUCCCCGUCGGUCCUAAAGGCGUAUACUCCAAGCAGACUAUAUUCUGUCGCUAGUCGUGGUGACUUCUAUCGACCAGGUGAAAGUACGGGUGAUAAACGACGCUUAAGAGACGACGGCAACUCUACAACCUCAAAGGCCUCUCGCUGCACGUAUAAUUCCCGUUAUCCCAGCCGAACCUAUGGACAGCAGAACCGGAUCGUGCGCAAUACACCAUCUAUUCAAAAACAAGAGUUGUUUAAGACAGGCACAAUCAUACGUGGUGACCAUGUGGAAGAAGCAUAUAAAAAUGGCACCACUUUGAUGGAUAAAAGCAUGAUUCAUGUCCCUGGCCACAACCCAAUAUGCAAGAAGGCAAGAUUCUUCAUUGUUCUGGCAGGACAUGCAAUGAGUUAUGUAUGCCUACCAAUCUUCACUCACAAUGGAAAUGGAACAAGAAAUAAGCCCAGGCCGGAAGAAUUCGUGUCUAUUCGAGAUCAUCGUGCAACUAUCGAAGUACAACCGCAGUCUGGCCACGAGCCGUUGAUGACGCUAGAAAUGUCAGGAAUGGAGCUUAAAGCGUCCUCUGUCGUUCAUUUAGCGUAUCCCACUUCUCGGAGUUAUGAACUCCCAGUUGAGGUGAUUGGCCGACUUACCGCUACGUCCACAAACCGAUGCAUUCAGCUUUUCAGGAGGUACAUGCCAGUUGAGGUCAGCGAAAGGUCUCCCGCAUCUGGCACUGGUGUCUUGAUUAACGCUGGCGUGAGCGUGUCCAGAGCCCUUACGAAUCUACGCUUCGAAGAAUUUACCCAUCUCUUCCGCAAUAUGUCAUGGAGCAAAGUCACUUGUCUGACGGAAAGAGAGUUAGGAGCGAAAGGAAUCAUUUCACAGACGGAUCGCCAGCAGAUACUUGCAGUCUUUGACCAGAUUGCAAAAGCAAUCAUGUCUGGGCCUGAUUGGACCGUGAGCAUCAACAAUGAUACUCUGGCAAAGAAGGUCACUGUAACAGACAAGGAUACUGCGGUACACAAGGAUACCGUAGCUGUCCUAUAA